AUGGAGCAGGCAAUGGAAGUGCUGCAGCGCAUGUACGGCCUAAAUGCACAGUAUCGGUCAGAUGGGCAAGAGCAGGCAAUGAAGCAUAUUGUGGCGGGCGCGGGGCAGGUGCUGACUAUCCUGCGUACUAGUGAAGGGAAGAGUCUGCUGUACCUCCUGCCAUGCCAGCUGCUGGGGGCUGGUACCACUGUGGUGAUCCUGCCGCUAGUGGUGCUGAAGGAUGAGGUGCAGCGCCGGUGUGUGGAUGCAGGAAUUGAGGGCCAUGUCUGGGACGCGGAAUCUGAACCUGAUCAGUUACAUUCCUGCCCGCUCAUUAUGGUUGCUGUUGAGCAGGCUGUGUGGCCUAAGUUCCGUAACUUCCUCAACUGA